UACUUUAUUCGUUUUUAGGCCCCCUGAUAUUCAGUUUGCAGCCUGCUUUUAGGUUCAGUUCCUUUUCAAGAGGUAGUGUCCUCCCAGUAAUACAUGUUGAAUGUAAGGUCUGUGUGUACGAGUCUACAGUUUGCUGGUGCUGUUCUCCUUUCUCUCAACACUUGUACACGGAUCAUGAAAUCCUCCUCAGCUCACUUCCUUUUGUGCACUUUCCUCCCUGUCUUCAGCCUGUGUGAGCUGCCCUCCAUGCAUGUUCCCCCUCUGCUGCUAACACUGAAAGAGGGGGAAAAAAUCCGACUGAUUUUCUUAGCUCUCUGUGAAGCAGCAAAAUGGCAGGAAAUGUUUAAUGAAGUCUAUUUAAAAGGUUGCUUAGUUUUGCAAUCAGGAAAAAAUGAACAAAAAAAAGGUAGUGAACAGGUGUCCAUAAAGGAUCUGCGGCUAAUGACUUGGUUCUAGAUAUCACAGGACUCCUUCAUAGGUCUUGUGGGGUCUAUACAUUGUUGGUCUCUGAUAUGGCUGAUUGUCUUAUACAACUUAAUACAAUGACCCAGUUUGAUAAUGUUAGUGACAAACAAGUCUGAUUUGCCCAUAGCAACCAACCACAGCUUAGGUUUCAUUUUUUUACAUAGCUCUGCUUUAACAUUUUCUAAGAGUGCAGCAGCAGCUGGAAACAAGAUCUAUAUUUCACAAGGUGUAACGGCGAAUUACAAUGAUGCCAUUAACACUUGUGCCAGGGCAGGAGGUCAAUUGCCUAUACCACUGAAUGAAGAUGAGAACAACGCUGUAAAGAAAACAGUGAAUCAAUACAAUUUCUUUGCAUAUCUGGGUGUAAAUGACCUUCAGGAUGAAGGAACAUUCAGAUAUCUAAGUGGUGAAAAGAUUAAAUUCUCAAUCUGGUAUGAUAAUCAACCAGAUAAUUCUAAACUAAAUGAAGAUUGUGUGGAAAUGUAUGGGGAUGGGAAAUGGAAUGAUCAGAAUUGUGAUGAAAAACGUCUGAUCAUCUGUGAAUUCAUUUUGUAAGUUUAAAAUAUUAAUAAAAAGUGUCCUCUAAAGGCAUUAAAAAUUAUUCCUAAAUGGAAUGUGAAUCAACAAUUAUUAAUUUUUAUUUAUCCUGCUAUUCAUUUCUGUAUUGUAUCCA